AUGUGCAGCGGAGCCGAGGGAGGCCCGUGGCCGCUUGGCAAAGACGCGCCCGCAGUUACCGCCGCCGCGAUCGACCACUACCGACUUCAACUCUACAACUAUGCAGUCGCUGAAAGACUCCGAUUAUAUCCACCAUCAGUCGCCCCAUGCUAUGGGCCUUAUGGACCUAGAUUGGCAUUAUCCAUGUCACUCCUGCAACAACGCGCUCUACAACCUGAAGAACCAAAACCGCAGCACAGUUACAUCGGCCUUAUUGCUAUGGCUAUCUUGAGCUCGCCGGAUCAUAAGCUUGUUUUAUCUGACAUUUAUCAGCACAUUCUAGACAAUUAUCCUUACUUCCGCUCCCGUGGACCGGGAUGGAGGAACUCGAUUCGACAUAACUUAUCACUAAAUGACUGCUUCGUGAAGGCCGGACGAUCUGCAAAUGGCAAAGGUCACUAUUGGGCGAUUCAUCCAGCUAAUAUAGAAGACUUUCGAAAGGGUGACUUCCGGAGGCGCAAAGCUCAGCGCAAAGUAAGGAAACACAUGGGAUUAGCGGUCGAUGAUGACGGUGAAGAUUCUCCAUCGCCGCCGCCACAAUCUCCUCCACCGACGGCAUUGCCUUUACCGUUUUGGGGCGGCGGGCGAGUUCCUGCCGGAGUUCCGACGCGGAAGAGGCAGUUUGAUGUAGCAUCUCUACUUGCGCCUGAUGAUGCUCCGGAAAAAAGAGCUCGGCGAGAUAGCAGUUGUGAGGAAGAAGUUGAAGAAGAUAUAGAUGUAGUCGCCAGUGAUCAAGAGGAUGUGAGAUCGGGAGAAGAUGAGACUCGCGCGCCGCUAGCGCCGACGGCUCAUUACCCGCUCCUCGGCGGGUGGUGGCCUGCGCUGGACCCCGCUUUACUGCAGCAAUUAAGGCGACACACAUCAUCAGCCGUGUCGCCAGCACCUCCUAGUCCAUCUGACCAGCAACGGCCGCCCGAUGUCAAACAUGAAAUGGUCUAA